AUGACCUAAUGACGUAACGUGUCAACUUUAACUUGCUCGGAAAAAAAAACCUCGAAUGGAAUUGAAAAUAAAAAUGUGUGCGUUGCUUUAAUUUUGAAGGCAAUAACUAAUUAUUUGCCUAUUAUCACCGAUUAUUUUGAUUGAAAAAACAAAGCUAGUGGCCUUGGCUGGGCCUACUCAAAACAGACCAGUACUCAACAACAAAACAAUGCAAAUCAAUGUGUUCGACCCCUUGACUAGUUCAAGUGUUGAUGUUCCUCUGCGAAAGACACCUUCAUCAGGGUUUGUUGUGUCUCUUCGAACACUUGGUAUUUACUUUGAUGGUGCAGUUGGACUGAGCUACCGCAUUGGUGGAGAUGGAAAAGAGAGAAAGGUUGUGUGUACCUCCGAAGAUGGUAAACAUUUGCUUGAGCCGAUAAAUGGUUGGAGCGGUCAUUCAUCAUAUGAACUCAUUAGCAGUGGUCAAGUGUCAUCCAUUGAAGUGAUGGACGAUAGUCCUUCUAAAGGUCAGAAGGAUGUAGAAGCAGAGGAACCUUCUUGUGGUGCAACAGAAACAGAUAGUGUUAGUGAAAAAAAGAUUCCAAAGGCAUAUGAGAUCAUUGAACUGAAAGAGGGUUAUAGUUACACUGAUGAAGAAGGUCAUCAGAGGGCAGAUGGAUCAAUAACGCUCAUCAAGGGACAGAAAAAUAUAAUGGUAGACACGGGUAAUGCAUGGGACAGACAAGUAAUUCUAGACGGGUUGUCAAGACAGAGUUUAGAAGCAGAUAAAAUUGACUAUGUGGUUUGUAGUCACGGUCAUUCUGAUCAUGUUGGCAACUUGAACCUGUUUCUGAAAGCUAUACAAAUUGUUGGUUUUGAUAUCAACAGUGAGGAUAAAUUCAUUGAUCAUCCAUUUGCACUGGGUGAACCAUUUAAAAUUGAUGAUGCUGUGGAUGUUAUCCCGACCCCAGGACACACCCACAACGAUGUAAGUGUGGUGGUUAGGAACACUGCCAAAGGAACUGUUGUAGUUGCAGGGGAUUUAUUUGAAAAAAUGGAAGAUUUAGUAAAUGCAGAAUACUGGAUGGGAAACAGCGAAGAUGAAAAAAUGCAAGAGAAAAAUAGGAAUAUAGUUUUAGGACUCGCAGACUACAUCGUGCCUGGACAUGGUCCAGGGUUUAAGGUGCCUUUGAAGAGUGCAACAAAAGAACAAAGUACCAGUAACACAUGAUGCUUAAGCCUACUUGGAACUUUCAUUUUACUAAUAAUUACAAUGUCAAAAGAUCAUUUGACACAAGAUCAUAUUUUGUUAAGUAAUGAGACAGCCUUGAAUAAAACAGUUUGAGUAGCAGUGGGUAUAACAUGUAUAUCAGAUGUAGGACUUUAUGACAUUUUUUUAUUCCACAAGCAUUCCACUAUAUAAUACAUAUCAAAGUUUACCUUUUACCUAUUUAUAAAAUAUAAUAUUAUUUACCUUCUGCAAGUUAUCACCUAAAUAACCUGUGUGUAGUCGUGAAAGAUUGUGGAAUAAACUAUGUAAAGUCUUGAUUAAAACCAUUGGCAUAUUUUUGAAAAGGAAUAAAUGUUAAGAUUAUUGA